CAAGGGAGGCCACGUGACUUCCCCGAGGUCGCCCAGGGAGGCCACGGCGAAGCAGGGAGUUGAAAAAGUCGGGUCGCCUAAGUCCCAGCGCCUGCACCCCGGGAAAGCCCUUUGUCCUCUACUGGCCCCCCUUCCUCUUUACUAGCCAGAGACCUUGCACAUCAGCACCCUAACCCUUUGUCUGCCUCUGCCCGGGUGUUUCCACCUCAACCUUCCUCAGAUUCUGAGCCAGAAACAGAGAGAGUUGGUGGUGGUGUCACUCAGACCAGGACAGAUGAGCUGUUGGAUUUUCUCCAGCCAGGCAAGGAAAUGGUAGCUGCCUCAAGUUCAGCUGAGGGGUAUUAUGACACACUGCAGGCACUCAAGAUGAAAAACAGACAGUAUCUAUUAGAACUGGGCUUGCUCUACCAGGUAAAAUUGGAGGAUGACCAGAAACCCUUCAAGGAGGAACUGGAAGACUUCUUCCAAGACAACGGGAGAUUGACUCUGCAGGGCAAGCCCUAUGAGACUUCAAGAUCUAGUAUCAUAAGCCAGUCCAGUUCUUUAACUGACCUAGACUUGGACAGUCCUUGGGAUCAGCAAAAUCCUCUCUCACUUCCUCAGUCCCACCUGAGGCCAAAGAGUGCUGCAUCUGCCUGGGUCUCUACUAUCACCAUCCCCCAGCCCUUCAAGAUGACUCUGCGUGAGGCUCAUAAAAAGCCCCAGUUGAUGAAAUCACGUGCAUCCCUUGAGCUAGAAAAACAAAGGGACAAAAGACAAAGUCAGGAGGAGGCAGAGUGCCAGAAGCAGUUCCGUGCACAGCCGGUGCCUGCCCAUGUUUACUUGCCACUCUACCAGGAAAUAAUGGAGCAGAAUGAGAUUCGCAGGGAGGUGGCAACACAGAAGAGAAAAGAGUUGCUCCUUUCCACUCAGCGACCCUUCAGCUUCCUGGAGAAGGAGGACAAGAAGAAGGAGGCCAUCAGACAGAAGAUCUUGGCAGCACUGGCUCCAGUUGAGAACUCCAAACCAAAAGGCAACAAAAUAGUCCCUAAAUUCAUCUAUAACCCAGUUCUUGGGGAUAAACUCAAAGAAGCUGAACUCUACAGGAAAAUUCGCAUUCAGAUGAGAGCCAAGGAUUUGUUGGAAAACUCCUCCGCUCCUAUUGACCCUAGCAACAGACAAAGAGACCCACAGUCCCGAAUUGCCACCAAAACCAAACAAGAAAAACUCAGCUUCCUGCAAGACAACUUCAGCUUUAAACCAAGAAUUAACCCAGGGGUGCCUGAUUUUGAAACACUUUACUGGGCGUUUCAGAGAGAAGCAAUAAGGAUACGAGAAGUCAAAGAGCCAACUCGUAAUCAACCGUUUAAACUGAGAACCUCCAAUCUCCACUACAGGCAGAGACAGGCUAAUGAGCAGAAAAUGAAGCAGCCUUCCAAGGCUCCCAUGCAAAGAAGUCGUUCUCUGACUGGUCUCUCCUCUCUCUCUUCCAACACCCUUCCAGUGCACAUUACAGAUGCAACAAGAAAGAGGGAAUCUGCUAUUAGAUACUGCCAGGAAGACAAAAAGAGCAGGGAGAAUGAAGGAAUUCAUUGGAUGGAGAUACAGAGGAAGAAAUGUCAGGCUAUGCAUAAAUCUAUGAGCAGCCGAGCAAAAGCAAUGGAUCCCCAUAAAAGCCUGGAGGAGACGCACAAGGAGAAGGUGAAACAGAACUGGCAGAAUGACCGCAGAAGAACAAAGGAGUACAAAAAAGAACUGGAAGAAAUGCAGAUACGAAUCAAGAACCGACCAUACCUCUUCGAACAGGUCAUGAAGCAUGAUGCCCAGCAAGAGGCAGAGCGACACUACCGAGACAUCCUUUGUCAGGUGGGGCUGAAUGAGGAAUUUGUAAGGAACAAAGGGAGAGAUGCUACUGUCCUAACAAAGGAGGAAGAGUCUGAAACUCACAGAGCUCAGGAGUCUCAGAGGGACACAGACAUUGGCACUGUACAGGAAGAAGAAUCUUUAGGAAGAGCAGGGAACAAAGAAUGACAACAUGAGAACCCUGCACAAGACUCAGAGGAUCUACUUUCAAUAAUUUCCUUUAGUCCAAGAUGCUUGAGAUGAGAGCAGCAGUUCCAAACUUUUUACCUGCAUGACCCUAUUUUCAGACUUAUUGCUUUUUGUGACCUGACAGCUUGGAGGAUGCCAUUUUGUAGAGCAGCAUGGUGUCUGCCACACAGCAUGAUCUCACACACUGUACAUGCAAGGUCACCUGGAGCAAAUGGCAUCCUCCACACACUCACAAUCACCGUAAAUGCAUCCACUGAUGGCACAAUCCCACUUGGGGUCACAACCCCACUAGAGUUUCAACAGUAGAACCUCAGAGUUAUGAACACCUCAGGAAGGGAGGUUAUUUGUAACUCUGAAAUGUUCGUAACUGAACAAAACAUGGUUCUUCCAAAGUUUACAACUGAAUAUUGACGUAAUACAGCUUUAAAACUUUACUAUGCAAAAAGAAAAAUGCUGCUUUUUUUUGGUAGUUUGCUUUUAACACAGCACUCUACUGUAUUUGCUUUCCCCUUUCUCCUCCCCCCUCAGGCAAAGGGGGGAGGAGAAAUCAGCAAUCUGCUGCUGUCUGAUUGUGUACUUCCAGUUCCAAAUAAGGUUUGUGAUUGGGCAGUUUGUAACUCAGAUUCUACUGUAUUUCCAAGUGACUGACUUAAGAGAAAGUUCCUGUGGUUUGGAUGACAGACUACACACAGGAGUGAGAAGGUGAGGAUUGACUCUUGCCUAGAACACUCCUUGCCCCUCUCCAAUCCCUCAGAAAUGUUCCCCAACUGAUUCAUUUCCCUGUCCCUUAGUUUGGUUUUCAGGUUUAGAACCAACAGUGAGACUGCUUGAAGCAGGGAGAGAGGAGGGUGGUGGGUUGGGGCACUAUUGCUGAAAAGGAGGUAGACCUGAAGGCUGAUAUAUACACUUUACAUUCACUUCCUUUGUAAUCAAAAGAUUCUGAAUGGAAAGGGCAAAUCUAGUAUAUCUUAAAAUUCUGCUCUGAAGCUGUCCAUGUUGACUUCUGUUUCAGGUUGAAUGUGUAUGUUGAAGUGGAUUUUAAGAUUUGUACAGAAUAAUAGGUUUAUGGACUUGAGUUCUCCUGGGGAGAAGACUUGAAAAGAAGCUCUUCUCUAGCAUCUCACCUCUGCACCAGCUCAACAGCAGCUCUGCUCCUCUCCUAUUGUUCUGGAGCCACAGUCUUGCCAUAAAUUGCAACCACUUUCCAUUAUAAAGCUCUACUUUAGCCCCUUGUAACUUUGGCUCAGAUCAUGGGUUUGGCCUGAAAGUGGUAUGAUUUACUAUGAAAGGGGUCAGUGCAAGGUUUGAGGAAAUUCAUCACGUUUUGAGCUCCAUGUAAUUAAAGCGCUAUCCUAAUCUGAAGUUUGAACUCCUGUCCAAUGUUGUUCUCUCCUAGCUCAAAAUCAGCUUAAAACCCCUUAAAGCUCCCUAAAGUCAGGUCCUGCCUAUAUGCUGCAAUUAAGCAAAUUUCAUAGAAAUGUAGGGUUGGAAGGGAACUUGAGAGCUCUUCUAAUCCAACUCCUUGUGCUGAGACAGGGCCAGCAAGACUAUUCCUGACGUUUUCUAACCUGUUCUUAAAAACCUCCAAUGGCAGGGAUUCCACCACCUACCUUGAAGGCCUAUUCUAGUGCUUAACUAUUCUUAUGAGAGAGUUUCCCCAUAUUUAACAAAUUUCCCUUGCUGAUUACUUGUCCUACUUUCCCAGAACAUGAACAAUUGAUCACCAUCCUCUUCAUCACAACCCUUUAACAUUUUAAACAUUGUCAGGUUCCCCCCCAUAUUUUAACACUAGUAUCAAGUAUUUAGUUUUGAAAAAAAAAAUUUUUUUUAAAUCUUUCCUCAAGUCAGGUUUUCUAAACCUUUUAUUUUUGUUGCUCUUCCUGGGAUUUUCCAAUUUGUCCACAUCUUUCUUAAAGCAUGUCACCCAGAACUGUCAAAUAGAGCAGGACAGUUUCCUCCCACUUCUUACAUACAAUGUUGCAACCCAGACUGAUAUUAGCCCUUUCUUGUAACUGCAUCACAUUGUUGGCUCAUUCACUGUAUGAUCUACUCUACCCUCCCCUGCCCCCAAUCCUUUUCAGCAGUACUACCACCUAGCAGUUAUUCCCCCUUUUGUAGGAAGAAAAAAUUAGAUGCACCCUUUAGUACUCUUCACUUGUCUUUACUGAAUGUUGUUCUUGAUUUCAGACGUUGUCCAAUUUGUCACAGUUGUUUUGAAUUCCAAUUGUCCUCCACAGUGUUUGCACUCCUCCCAACUUGGUGUAAUUUGCAGAUUUUUAUAAGCAUAUUCUCUACUCUGUGAUGCAAGUCAUUAAUGAAAAUUUUGAAUUUUACCAGACUCCCUACAAGACCCCCCCUAGUUUACAGUCAGCCAUUAAUUACUACUGCGUACAGUCUUUCAACCAGUUUUGCACCCACCUUACAGUAAUUUCAUCUAGCCCACAUUUCCCUAGUUUGCUUCUUUUGUUGUAGAUUGUUUUGGGACCAGUUUUACUCCUAGUGAUAGCAGUGGCUGUUAGGGGACCAAGCCUGCCCCCAUUAACAUUACUGUGAGGUUUUUUCUACAUAGAUUUCAGUGGGACCAGGCACUAUAUAUGAGUAUGUCCACUCCACUGCCUGCAUCUUAAAAUGAUAUAUAAAGGGUAUUUCUAUAACUGACAGCUAAUAGAGAUCUUCUUUCAGAUAACAGUGGGGGUCUGUGUUUG